AUGCUUGAGAAAAAAUAAACCUUAUCUGAGAAACUACUUAGCCCAGAUCAACAUUUUACUGUGGCCAAGGAAUAUUCUCAGAUCGAAAUCAACCAAAACAAAGAAAUAUAUCCUAACUAUAUAAACUUAAAUGAUGUAAACGUUUGUGAAGAAGGCGUGAUUUAAUCAAACUAUGAUAAGCUACCUCAUUAUGCCUCAGCCUAUUUAGUAUAAAAUAACUCAUAAAUUCUAAUCAAUGGAGUUACAGAUCCCGGCACUGGUUAGGUAGGUUACGCUUAACUUAGAGACUUAAACACCUAUUAAGAGGUACAAAUGAAAAUUCUAGAUGUUGAACAUCAUGAUUUAUAAGGACAAAACAUCGGUAGAUAACUCAUAUAAUUUAAUGUCUCUCCUUGCAAAGAAUUCUUACUAUAUAGCAUCUAAUAGACAAGAAAAUAAAAAUAUGCCUUACAGAUUUGCAUUCACAAAAUCGACGAUUUUUUCGCAGGCAAACCACCAUCAGUUAAGAUUAUAAAAGAAGGAGAGAACGGCCUUUUCAAAAAUGUCAUAUUCGGACCCAAAGAUAAUAUUUUAUUUUCUCAAUAGUAAAAUGCUUAUGGAGUUGAAAAAAAUGCUAUUAAAAGUUGUGUCAUUUUUAAAUGCAAUUACAAAGAUAAUUAAAAUAAAGAGACAUAAAUAUUUGAUAUAUAAGAUUGGUGGAAAAAUGUGCCUAAAAGAGAGGUAGGAUCAGAUAAACCAAUGACUUAUAUAUCUCCAGAUGGCGUAUUUAGGUGCUUGAUUGGAUAUCCGGAUUUUGAAUUAAGUAACUAUUUUUAUGACAAUUGUCUAUUCGCGACAUAUCUAAAAGAGACUAGAACUUUAAUUUUUGAAGAAGAUUCACUAAAAGUCAAGAAAGAUAUAGACCAUGUCAUAUAUUUCAGUCCUGAGACAGAAUAUCUAGGCUACGAUUCUAAGUUUAAUCUCUUUCAAAUUAUAAAUUCUUAUGGAAUGACUACAAUGAAGAUUGGAGAAUUGAAGACACCUGAAGGAUAUAAGUUUUAAAGUUCAAAACCAAUUUUGCUAUAAAAUUCAAUAAUAAUGAAUGCAAAACAUUAAACAAGAAAUACUGGGGCUGUACUUGUUUAUGAUAAGCUGAGAUUUAAUCUUAUCAACCAAUAUGAAAUGAAAGAAUUCUAUAAGGAAUCAUAGAAUUUUAUAUUUUACGAUAAGGGAGUAUUAAAAUACUUGUCUAAUGAGUCGAAAAAAUUUCUUCAUUUGAAUCUAUACAACUCUAGAUUUUAUAAAGAGGAUGAUCUAGUCUUUCAACAAACAAAUUAUUUCAAAACUGAAAAUAAUAUUAUCGCCUAUCGAUGGGACAAUUAGCAUAUAGUCUAUGAUUUGGAAUAAAAAAUGAAACUAGUCACUCUACCUUCAUAACUUCAUUAUGAAAUGAGCUUAUUUUUAAAGCUUGGCACAUCUUUUUAUCUGAUUGGAACGAAUAGAAAAGAUCUAUUUCUAAUUCAGCAGGAUGAUACUUCCAUUUAUCAUCAACUUACUAUUGAUGGUGGGAAAUUCAAUGCUGAUAAUAUUUAGAUAAUUUCAAUUUCAAAUUCAGACAUAAGAUUAAUUGGAUUAUCAUCUGAUAAUUUUAUUUAAGUACUCAAUAUAAAUCUCAAAGAAUUUACCGCUUAAAUUGAGAAACUUAACUACUUUGAAGGAAUAAUUAAGAAAUUUAAGUAUAAUGAACCUCUCCAAGCCUUUAAAAAUGAUUAAACAGGCCAAAUUUUGAUUAUAAUUUCAGCGAAUCAGAUCUUAUACGCAUAUGAUUUUCACUAAAAAUAACAUAGAUAAGUAGAAAUCGACGAUAAAUUAAUAAACAUCACAAUAAGUUGGAAUGAUAAUGCUAUUUUUGGACUGGUUGAUAAUAAGAAAUCUGUUAAAGCAUAUGAUUUGCAGACACUUGAAAGUUUUCCCAAAUUAUCAUAUAUAAGUAAAGAUGAUAUAUAGAGAAUUACAAUGGCAAAGGACUAUCUUUUGCUUUAUUUAAGUGGUGAUGGACUAUUUGAAUUACUUGAAAUAAAGAACAAUUCAUUUACUUAAAAAAGAAUUAGAACUCUAAUUAUACCAGAGGAAACUCUUAAGCAUUUUCCAAGAAAUACUCAAAUUAUUCGAAGUCAAUAUGAUGGAAGUCUUCAGUAUUUUAAGUUAAGCACUGAGGACUAAGGAACGUAUUAAUUAAACACAUGGAUUUAAAAAUGCGAUCCACUUAAAACUAAUUAGACCAGUAAUUGCUGUAACUUGGAUUACCCACUUUUAUAGCUAGAUCAUCUUCCAAAUGCAAAAUAUGUCUUAAUAAACAAAAACAACGGAAUGAGUUUCUACCAUGAUUAAAGAGACAAAAGAAUAGGUUAUGUUAGCUCAUACUUUAACACAGAUGAAGUUGUCAAAAUAAAAGAAUCUAAACUUAAAAACAAUGAUACCUUGCUUACAGAAUUAAUCAACAUCGAUCCUUAUCUCAAAUUCUAUCCAGGAAUAGGAAAUAUUUUGAAUUAAAUGGCUUUAAGGCCUAUAAUUCUUGAGUUUAUUUCAAAGAAGCUUUCUCUUAUGGAUAAGUCAGAGACACCUAUUAUCCUUAUGAAAUCUGAAAUUAACGGAAAAUCUCCAAUCGAUAUUGCCUGUGAGAAAAAUCAACUAAAAAGCAUAGGCAUUCUACUAGAAUUGCUGACAAAAUAUUAAAAUGAUCACGGGUUUAAUUACUUGAUUGACUAAAGACUAGUGUAUUUCAUAAAGAAAGGUCUAGAUUUGACAGAAUAUUUUGAUAGUUUCCUACCAAAACUCACUAUAAUCAGUGAAAAUUACCCUACCGAGCACCAAGAUGAAGAUGAAUACAUAUUGGGAGUUAAUGACUUACCAAGGCCAAGUGAUAUCAAUGAAAAGUAUGACGAAAUAUUUGGGUAGGUAUUAGUUAACAGUACAUCUGAUGGUCUUGCAUCAAUAGAGUAUUUCCUCAUUAAUCUACCUGAUACUCUGACAAAGAACCCUAAAAAUUUAAUGAUUGCUCUUAGUGAAAGCGAAAACAUUGAGUACUUUGAGAAUCUCACCAUUCAGACAAUAAUUAAGUUUAAGUGGAACCAAUAUACCAAGAAUUAUUUUUAGAAUCAGUUCUUUAUCUUCUUAGUAUUUGUAGUAUCUUUUGUUUUAGAGAUAUACUAAUCAAUAAGCUUUGGAAAAACUUAAGCACUUCCAACAGAGGAAGAAAGAUUAUAAGGAAUUGAAUUUUAUCCAGACACAAGAAAUCUGGUGAUUAUGAUAAUUAAUAAAACUAUAUGCUCAUCAGUGUUGCUUUAUUUCUUUUACUAUGAGGUAAGAUAAGCUAGCAAGUAAGUUGGAUACUUCAAGGAGCUAUGGAAUCUCUUUGAUUUUUCUUUAAUUGCAUCCUACACAAUCCUCAAUAUUGUGGAAUACACAACUGGAGAUAAAAAUGCGAUUAUAAUUAUGGAUAUUGUAGUUGUACUAUUAUCUUUCUUAAAAGUCAACUUCUUCCUCAGGAUUUAUGAUGGCUUCAGCUUUUUGGUUUCAAUGAUGAGCAGCGUCUUCAAAGACAUAUAGUACUUUAUUCUAUUCUUUCUUGUCUUUAUUUUCUAAUUUGGAUUGAUCUUCGUUAUUCUCUUUAGUGCUCAAAGAAUUGAGGAAUAUGAUGGAAUUGGAACUGUCGGUUACUUCCUUAUGAUAUUCAGAAUUUCCUCUGGAGAUUUUGCAGUAGAUAAUUUCAAAGACUAAGGAUCAACUUUCUUGGUAGGUUUGUCUUGGACAAUAUGGGUUAUAGCUGUAUUGAUUCUGAACAUUGUUUUUAUGAACUUUAUCAUUGCUGUGAUCUCAGAGUCCUAUGAAAAAGUUAUGCAGAAAUUAGUAGCUGAAUCCUACAAAGUAAAAGCCAAUAUGAUUGUUGAGAGGGAAUUGCUUUUGAAUCCUAAUGAUGAGGAAGAAAGAAGAUUUUAUUUCCCUCAGUAUAUGAUUUUAAGAAGACCAAUUGAAACUUCUGAUGGUGAUUCAGGAGAAUGGCAAGGAUUUAUUAAGGAUUUGAAGUACACGAUUAGAACUUCAGCCUAAAAAUCUAAAACUGAAGUCAUAUAAAACGUUAUUCCAAUCCAAAAUAAAAUUGAAAUUCUAGGUAAAAACUCCGCCUCAUAGCAAGAAACAAUGAUUUGCGUUCAAACAUAAAUCGAGCUACUUUAAAAGCAAAUUCUGGAUUAAAAUUCAAAAAUCGAUACCCUUAUCAAUAAGUAGAAUUUACCUGCUAUUGGAAAGGAUGAUAUUGUCAAUCUCAACUAAAAAGUAGAGACACUCUCACUUAAAAUGGAAGGAUAUGAUAAAUCUUUGGAACAAAUCAGUGCCAAUAUUUUGAAACUUCUUGAGAAAUGA